UUUCGUCAACUAAAAAAGAAUCAUGAAGCAAUAAUGAAAAUGGCUAGCGCAAUACCUCCUCAAACAACUUCUUCAACAAUAACUUCUCCACAUCCCCAACCUCCCCAAAUUAAUAAUUUAAUUCCAUUUAUUUAUUCAACAAAUCAAAAUAUAAAAAAUGAAAAUAAAAAUAAUAGUAGUGGUAGAAUAGAAUCUCCUCCUCCAGCAGAACCUACAAUUAUUAAAAAAGAACCAAUAAAAACUGAAACCAAAACGAAUUUAGAAGCUGAAACAAAUUUAAUAAAUCAACAAACACCUCAUCAUUUCACUACUAGAUCUCAACAAAGCCUUCCAGAUUUUUGCUUAACAUCUGAUCCCCAAAAUUCCUCUACUAUGGCAUCCUUUGCCACUCAUUUCCCUCGCUCAUUUUCAACAACAAUGCCUGGAAGUAUGAAUGGGAUGUUUUGGGGAGGAACAAAUGGAGCAUAUACCGAUUAUGCAAAUGCAGGAAAUAAUCACUUGACAGGAAUGGAUUGGUUUACAAAUUCACAAUGGCCAAUUUAUUACCCGCCUUACGGUAAUGCCUAUUAUCAACAAAAUACAGCCUUAGCCGAAUCAUCAGUGAUAGAAGGUUCUGUAAAGAGUUCAUUGAAAGAACAAACAGAUGACUGUUAA